CACAGGUUUCCAAACGCUCGGCGGCGCCAUGGGCUUGAGAACUAAACGGAGAUGGAAUGUCCCAGUCUGAACCGGUUUCAACCGGUUGCGAGUGUGUGGCAGUAGAGUAGAAGAAGCGCCUCUUUCAGCUUGCCCGCCCGCUCUGCCGCGCCUCCACCACGGCGAGUAACUUGAAAACAUUGUCCGCCGCCCGGGAAGCCUCCCCUACAAUGUGCUGAGGGCCCCCGGAGACAAUAUUAUUAUUAUUACUAUAGUGAGUGUGUGUGAGAGAGAGGCCGGCCUAGGCCCACAGACUGUCCCCUUCCCAUUCAUUGGAGUACCAGAGCGGACUGCAUCCUUCUCCCCACCAAUAAACCCGCCACACAGACAUCCUCCGCCUCACCGUCACCGCUACACAGACCGAGGGGGCCCACACCCGCCCACCGGGAUUUCUAUGUGAAGCUCAGUGCUGGAUUACUCUCAUUGGAUCGUUGUGAGGAAGAGGCAGCUCCGUUCGCGUAAUCUAUGCCAGCAAUUAUGACCAUGUUAGCAGACCAUGCAGCUCGACAGCUGCUGGAUUUCAGCCAGAAGUUGGACAUCAACCUUUUGGACAAUGUCGUGAAUUGCUUAUACCAUGGAGAAGGAGCUCAGCAGAGAAUGGCACAGGAAGUACUGACCCAUUUAAAAGAGCAUCCUGAUGCCUGGACAAGAGUUGACACAAUUCUUGAGUUUUCACAGAAUAUGAACACCAAAUACUAUGGUCUGCAGAUAUUGGAAAAUGUAAUAAAAACAAGAUGGAAAAUUCUUCCUCGGAAUCAAUGUGAAGGUAUAAAGAAAUAUGUUGUUGGAUUGAUCAUCAAGACAUCUUCAGAUGCAACAUGUGUAGAGAAAGAAAACGUGUACAUUGGGAAGCUAAACAUGAUUCUUGUCCAAAUACUGAAGCAAGAAUGGCCCAAACACUGGCCUACAUUCAUCAGUGACAUUGUAGGAGCAAGUAAAACUAGUGAGAGCCUUUGUCAGAAUAACAUGGUGAUUCUAAAACUUUUAAGUGAAGAAGUUUUUGACUUUUCUAGUGGACAGAUUACACAAGUGAAAGCCAAACACCUGAAAGACAGCAUGUGCAAUGAGUUCUCGAAGAUAUUUCAGCUCUGUCAAUUUGUCAUGGAAAACUCCCAAAAUGCCCCACUUGUCCAUGCAACUUUGGAAACGCUUCUCAGAUUUCUUAACUGGAUUCCAUUGGGAUAUAUAUUUGAGACCAAACUGAUAAGCACAUUAAUUUAUAAGGUAUGGUGCUCAGUGUUUCUUAAAUGUUCCAUGUUCCGAAAUGUGUCUUUAAAAUGUCUCACUGAAAUAGCUGGAGUUAGUGUCAGCCAGUAUGAGGAGCAGUUUGUAACACUUUUCACUUUGACAAUGAUGCAACUAAAGCAGAUGCUGCCUCUGAACACAAAUAUUCGCCUUGCAUAUGCCAAUGGAAAAGAUGACGAGCAGAACUUUAUUCAGAACCUCAGCUUGUUCCUAUGUACUUUUCUUAAAGAACAUGGACAACUUAUAGAAAAGAGGCUGAACUUGAGAGAAACUCUAAUGGAGGCUCUACACUACAUGUUGCUGGUCUCUGAAGUAGAAGAAACAGAAAUAUUCAAAAUCUGCCUUGAGUAUUGGAACCAUUUGGCAGCAGAGUUAUACAGGGAGAGCCCUUUUUCCACAUCGGCAUCCCCACUUCUUUCUGGCAGUCAACAUUUUGAUGUUCCCCCCCAGAAAGGACAGCUCUAUUUGCCAGUUCUCUCAAAGGUGCGUUUAUUGAUGGUUAGUCGAAUGGCAAAACCAGAAGAAGUUUUGGUUGUAGAGAAUGAUCAGGGUGAAGUGGUUCGUGAAUUUAUGAAGGACACAGAUUCCAUCAAUCUGUACAAAAACAUGAGGGAAACUUUGGUUUACCUCACUCAUUUGGAUUAUGCUGACACAGAAAGAAUUAUGACUGAGAAACUGCACAACCAAGUAAAUGGGACAGAGUGGUCAUGGAAAAAUCUGAAUACUUUGUGUUGGGCUAUUGGUUCGAUCAGUGGAGCCAUGCAUGAAGAAGAUGAGAAAAGGUUUCUAGUUACAGUCAUCAAAGAUCUUCUUGGUCUUUGUGAGCAGAAACGUGGCAAAGACAACAAAGCUAUCAUUGCAUCCAACAUCAUGUACAUUGUGGGGCAGUAUCCAAGGUUUUUGAGAGCCCACUGGAAAUUUCUGAAGACCGUUGUAAACAAACUAUUUGAAUUCAUGCAUGAGACCCACGAUGGCGUGCAGGAUAUGGCAUGUGAUACAUUUAUUAAGAUAGCUCAGAAAUGUCGCAGACAUUUUGUUCAAGUUCAAGUUGGGGAAGUAAUGCCAUUUAUUGAUGAGAUCCUAAACAACAUCAAUACCAUAAUCUGUGAUCUUCAGCCUCAACAGGUUCACACAUUCUAUGAAGCUGUAGGUUAUAUGAUUGGAGCUCAGACAGAUCAACCUGUACAGGAGCAUUUGAUAGAAAAAUAUAUGCUUCUUCCUAACCAAGUAUGGGACAGUAUUAUUCAACAAGCCACUAAGAAUGUUGACAUAUUAAAAGACCCAGAAACCGUCAAACAACUUGGAAGCAUAUUAAAAACAAAUGUAAGAGCAUGUAAAGCUGUUGGACACCCCUUUGUUAUUCAGCUUGGAAGAAUUUAUUUGGAUAUGUUAAACGUGUACAAGUGCCUAAGUGAAAAUAUUUCUGCAGCUAUUCAGGCAAAUGGGGAGAUGGUUACAAAGCAACCUCUGAUACGCAGUAUGAGAACAGUUAAAAAGGAAACCUUAAAGCUAAUAUCAGGUUGGGUUAGCAGAUCGAAUGACCCACAGAUGGUUGCAGAGAACUUUGUCCCUCCUUUGCUGGAUGCAGUUCUGAUUGAUUAUCAAAGAAAUGUGCCAGCUGCCAGGGAGCCUGAAGUACUCAGCACAAUGGCUACUAUUGUAAACAAACUAGGAGGCCAUAUUACAGCAGAAAUACCUCAAAUAUUUGAUGCUGUGUUUGAAUGCACGUUAAACAUGAUAAAUAAGGACUUUGAAGAGUACCCAGACCACAGGACAAACUUUUUUUUGCUUUUACAAGCUGUAAAUUCCCACUGCUUCCCUGCUUUCCUGGCCAUACCUCCGGCACAGUUUAAGUUGGUUUUGGACUCUAUAAUUUGGGCUUUCAAACACACAAUGCGAAAUGUUGCAGAUACAGGAUUACAGAUUCUUUAUACUUUAUUACAAAAUGUUGCUCAAGAAGAAGCUGCGGCGCAGAGUUUCUAUCAAACCUACUUCUGUGACGUUCUUCAGCACAUCUUUUCUGUAGUGACGGAUACUUCACACACUGCUGGGUUAACAAUGCAUGCAUCGAUUCUGGCUUACAUGUUUAACUUGGUAGAAGAAGGAAAAAUAAGCGUACCGCUGAAUCCUGCAGUUCCACCCAAUAAUCAGAUAUUUAUUCAAGACUAUGUAGCUAAUCUAUUAAAGUCGGCCUUUCCUCAUCUGCAGGAUGCCCAAGUUAAACUUUUUGUGACUGGUCUCUUCAGUUUAAAUCAGGAUAUUCCUGCUUUUAAAGAACACCUUAGGGAUUUUCUUGUACAGAUUAAGGAGUUUGCUGGUGAAGACACUUCAGAUUUGUUUCUGGAAGAAAGGGAAACAGCCCUUCGGCAAGCCCAGGAAGAAAAACACAAGCUCCAGAUGUCCGUUCCUGGCAUACUUAAUCCACAUGAGAUUCCUGAAGAAAUGUGUGAUUAGUUUUUAGAAACCAAGUUAAUGUUACUUUCCCUCCUCCCACUGAACAUCAACUUUGUUCAGGAAAACAUCACUUUGAUUAUCGUUGACCAAAAUGAUGCCAAUUUGUAAAUUAUAAUGACACCUAGUGGCCCUUUUUUCUUAUUAUGCGUUUUUGUAUAAGAAAUUUUCUGUGAAAUAUCCUUCCAUUGUUUAAAGCUUUUGGUCAUCUUUAGGUUUGCAUGACAUUUAAAAUAUUUUUUUUUUGUUUUUUUUUCCAGUUAAAUACUCCCAUCAUUUUGUUUUGUGGGGACAAGCAACUUCAAAUUUGCAUCUCUGCAAAUGUUUUGCCACAAAUUUCUUUCUCCCCAUCUAGAAAUUUCAUAUUUUCAUUCUUUUAUGAGUUUAGCCUUCCUUCUGGUGGAUCUUGCAGACUAGAAGGAAUUGGAAUGACAAAUUGACUAAUGAAGACAAAUCCGUCAGAGCUGCAUUCUCUGAACAAUGAGCAGGUUUAUUUUGGGUUGAGGUGAGCUGAACAACAUAGACUGCAGGUUGGAUAAACUUUUGCAGCAAGAUCAUGUGCAUAUCAUCCCAUUGUAAAGCAACUUCAGAAAGUAUGGGAACACAGUACAGUUAGUUAUUUUUACACUUUUUUUUUGUUUUUGUUUUGUGUGUGUGCUGUCGCUUUGUCGACAACAGCUUUUUGUUUUCCUCAAUGAGGAGCGUUGCUCAUUUGUGAGCCUUCAUUAACGAGAAGUGAAAUGGUUAAAAAUAUUUAUCCUGUUAGAAUAGGCUUGCAUCUUUUUAACAACUCAUAAAAUUCUGGCUUUUGAGAUGACUUGUACUAAUUUACAUUGUUUACCAUGCUGUAGUGCUUUAAGAACACUACUACUUAAAAAAAAAAGCAAAAUAAACUUGGUUUACAUUUA